GAUCACUACUGCUUCGUCAUCAUUGAGAAUCCGCUGAAACCUGCUGGAACGAUCUGCUACCACAUCAACUCGCUACGCGGUUAUCACAACUCGGCGUCUGUUUUGGAUGCGCUGAUAGAAACCAGUGUGGCGCCACAACUGUUAGCGUACAAGACAAGCCCUCUUCAAUCGAAUUCAUUGGACUGCGGGGUGUACAUGUUACACUACAUGCACAAAGUAGCCCGGUUCAUCUCUGAAAAAAGACCAGACUCAGUAGCGGAGAAGAUGAAAUCACUUACAAGCGGCAGCUUCAAUGUGACUAAGGCAGGACGCUCGCGCUCGGCACUACUCGAAGCACUA